CAAAUAUCUUAGGGUCAACGUCAUCAUGUCCAGUACCAGACCCGAUCUUAAGUUCUCUGACAACGUCGAUGAGAGGCUGUACUACCGAAAGUAUGCCAAUCUUGCUCCAAAAGAUUCAUCAACUAUCCGUAUAAUUGACCAUAAUAAUAAAGACUACUUCACUGUGUUAGAUGAAGAUGCUGAUUUGAUUGCUGAUAACAUCUAUAGAAGUCAGUCGGUUAUUAAAUACAACCAAUCCCAAAAAAACAAAUACGUUACUAUUUCUCCUCAAGUAUUCCUUAAUAAUGUGUUAAAGUUUUGUCUUAUAGAUAAGAAUCUAAAAGUUGAAAUUUAUAAUAACAAAACAUUUGAUUUGAUAACUGUUGCUACUCCAGGGAACUUGGAAAGCUUAUCCAAUGAAUAUGGUACCAACCUCGAAACGAUGUUCAAAGAUGGCUCAUCUCCAGUUAUUGCCAGUAUCAAGUUUAUUACUUCAGCCAAUGUUAAAAAAAUUGGUGUCUGUCUCAUUGACUUACUGAAUCAAACAAUAAAAUUGAGUGAAUUUGAAGAUAAUGAUCUUUUCUCCAAUUUAGAAAGUUUAUGUUUGCAAUUAGGGGUGAAAGAAGCAAUUUUACCUUCUAAUUAUGAUCCUUCAGGUGAAUCGGAUGGGGAUGUAAUCAAAUUAUACCAAGUUUUGAAUAAAAUCGGUAAUAUCGUUAUUGGUUCAGUGAAAAGUUCUUUAUUCACUCAUAAAGAAAUUGAACAAGAUUUAGAAAAAAUUGUCGUUUCUGAUAGUCCAGAUAAACAAGACGAUCUUAAUAAUAGCAUUGAAUUAAUCUUAGCCUCCAAAGGUAUAAGCUCCACAGACUUUACCCUUUCAUUAUCCUGCUGCAAUGCUUUGAUCAGCUAUUUAGAUAUAUUAAACAAUGAAAACUCCUUUACAAUAGAAAAAUACAACUUAUCAGCUUUUAUGAAAUUAGAUUCGUCUACUAUGAGAGCUUUGAAUAUUUUCCCCAAUGCUUCGAAUCCUGGCUCCACCGUUUCUUCUGCAUCUUCUGCAGCCCCCCAAUUAGCAGCCUCAACUUCCAUAUCGUCCAUCUACGAAUUACUUAAUAAGUGUAAAACAGCAAAUGGCUCAAGAUUAUUGUCUCAAUGGUUGAAGCAACCCCUUACAAACAUGUCUUUGAUAGAAGAAAGACAUGCUUUAGUUGGCCAAUUAGUCGAAGAUACAAAUUUGAGAAUAUACAUAUCCCAAGAUUGGCUCAGUAAAGUACCUGAUGUGAAAAGACUUCUUAAAAAAAUGGCCAAUGGAGUUAAAAGAGUCAGUGGAAAUGAAAAUAAAAAAUUGGAGGAUGUUGUAAGAUUAUACCAAUUGGUCUUAAUCUUACCAGAUUUAAUCAAUAUGCUUACAAUGGCUAACGAAGACUUGAGAGAAACUCACGUUGCUGAAUUGAUUGAUAAAUAUUGGUUAAGUCCAAUUAAAAAAUCAUAUGAUUCAUUGGUAAAAUAUCAAGAAUUAGUUGAAACUACUAUUGAUUUGACUCCUUUAGAAUCGGCUUCUGCCCACGACUUAUUGAAUAAAGAUUUUAAUAUAAAACCAGAGUUUGACGAGUCUUUGAUCGAUAUCAAUAAUCAGUUGCAAUCCACUCUUGAAGAAAUCAAAGAUACUCAUGUUAAUGUUGGGGAAGAUUUAGGCAUGGAUACAGAAAAGAAACUCAAGUUAGAGAAACAUCAACAGCAUGGAUGGUGCUUCAGAGUUACCAGAAACGAUUCUUCAGUUUUGAGAAACACAGGUAAUCGUUAUAUUGAAUUACAAACAGUCAAAGCUGGGGUAUUUUUCACGACUAAAGAUUUAAGAGGUUUAUCUAAUGAUUACCAAAACUUAUCUAAUGACUAUAACUCAAAACAAAAGGAUUUAAUAAAAGAAAUUUUGUCUAUUACUUUGACAUACCAAUCAGUUUUCCUUCAAUUAUCUCAAACCCUUUCACAUAUGGAUGUUUUAUCAAGCUUUGCUAAUGUUGCAAUUUUUGCCCCAAUUCCAUUUGUAAAAGCUAAGCUUCACCCAUUAAGUCAGUCACCAGAUGAUGAAUCCUUUAUAAACCGUAAAGUUCAAUUAGCCUCUUCCAGACAUCCAGUAUUGGAGGUUCAAGACGAUGUUAAUUUCAUUCCAAAUGAUGUCUAUUUGUCUAACAAGGAUGAAUAUAAAGGUAAAUCAUUUGCUAUUAUUACAGGUCCAAAUAUGGGAGGGAAGUCAACUUACAUCAGACAAACAGGGGUAAUAGCUUUAAUGAACCAAAUUGGUUCUUUUAUUCCAGUUUCUGAUGAAGAAGAACAAGCAGAGUUACCUAUUUUCGAUGCUAUUUUAUCGAGGGUUGGUGCAGGUGACUCUCAGUUGAAAGGUUUAUCUACUUUUAUGAUUGAAAUGUUGGAGACUUCUUCAAUUUUGGCUACAGCAACUCAUAAUUCACUCAUCAUUAUUGAUGAAUUAGGUAGAGGGACCAGCACUUAUGAUGGAUUCGGACUUGCAUGGUCAAUACUGGAACAUUUAAUAGAUAAAAAACAAUGUUUUGCACUUUUUGCAACCCAUUUCCAUGAACUAACAAAGUUAUCGGAAAAAUAUGGGAAUAAGGUUGACAACUUACAUGUUGUUGCUCAUAUUGAAAAAAAUGAAGAGGAGAUUAAAGAGGAAGAAAUAAAUAAACUGGAUGACAUAACCUUGAUGUAUAAAGUAGAACCGGGAAUUUCUGAUAAGUCUUUUGGUAUCCAUGUUGCAGAGCUAGUUAAGUUCCCUAGUAAAAUCGUUAAUAUGGCUAAGAGAAAAGCCUCUGAAUUACAAAAUUAUACUGAGGGUCAAAGUGAAGAAGAUCCUUAUGUCCAAAGUAAAAGAACCAAAUGUUCUAACGAAGAAAUUGAUAAAGGGAUUGAUCAAUUAAAAGAUAUUUUGAAAAAAUGGAAAUCGAAGUGCUACGACGAAAAUACCAAGAAUUGUAAAGUUGAUUCAAACGAGGCUGCAAAAAUUUUGAAUGAAUUAGUGAAAAAUGAGUAUUCGGAUACAAUUAAAAACGAUAAAUUUAUCAGUGAAAUACUUCAAAUGCUUUGA